AUGGCUAAUUCAACUCUCGAUGAGAACUCUAGCAGCCUGGAUGAGUCCAGGCAGGCUUACAUGCUGCCACACAGCCAGCGUGAGAUUGAGCGAAUGAAGAACCAGCAUGAAUGGGUGAAGGCAGCAUUUGGCGGCUUGAUCAAAGCUCCCGUCGAUUAUGAGCAAAAAAAUCAGAGCAUACUCGACUCAGCAACUGCAGAUGGCACGUGGCUCUGUGACACCGGCACCAUGUUCCCACCAGAAACCGAAUUAGUUGGUUUCGACAUUGCGCCAGAGCUUUACCCGCCAGCAGAUCUACUACCUCCCAAUGUCGAGCUUGUGGUGGGUGACCUACUCCAAAGUCUCCCCGAGAAGUGGGCGAAGCACUUUGAUCUGGUACACCAAAGAUUUGUAUUCCCAGGGUUUCCCGCUGAAGCCAUCGAUGAAUUCGUGGAUAAGUUGAUGGAGUGUGUUAAACCCGGCGGUUGGAUUCAAUUUGUCGAACCAGUCGCAAAUGAGAACGUUUCCGGCCCAGGCCCGUCUGCCUUUGCAAUUUUACAUCAACUUGCGAAUACAUUCAUGAAAUCCCCAAAUCCAAAAAACGUGAUUCUGGAAAAACUUGAGAGCGCAGGGUUCAUAAAUGUGAACAUGGAGACACUGGAUAUUGUCGUUGGAAAAUACCAGAGCAACAAAGAGUUGGAUGCCCGGGGUCGAAAGAACAUGCGAGCUACCAUCAACAACAUGCUGGCCUUUACAAAUGCGAACGAUCUGGGUUUGUCGGACACGGAUUGGGAGACGUUGAGGGAUCGUUUUGACGAGGACAUGUCCACGUAUCGCACUGCGGUGCGCCACGUCAUAAUUUGGGCGCAGAGACCAUUGUGA